ACAUUUUUUAAAAAAAGGCUUGAGUUCAACAGAGGCUCAGUCUGUAUCCUGACGGAGUGAAGAUAAGGUGGGCAGCGAGAGCUCCUGGUGCUUUCCUGGAAUACAAUCUGUAUUUUGACACUCUCUGUUGAAGCACUGCCCAUCUGUACGCUAUUCAGCCAGAGCCUCUGGGGAGAAAGAAGAGCUACAGGCAGCGAAAAGGAGUGUGAGAAAAAGAGAAAGCAAGGGGCUCUUUUCACAAGGAUCGGCUUCAGAACUGCCUGAGAACUGCCACAUCUGGAAGCUGAAACUUAAAAUAACUGAGGCGCCACUAAAACCAGGAGGGGAGGGGGUUAGAUUAAAGUACUGUAGAAGCAAAAACAAGUACUACGAAGCUGCAAGAUCACUGUUGGAUGUGAGGAAGGGAGGAAAUGGCUUUGAUCUUGGCCUGGCCCCUAAAGUUUCCUAUAUUCUUUUUGUUGGGAUAUUUCGCCUUAAGCUCGGCUUCAAGGGCAGCCAACGUUUUUCAUUUUGACACUGAAGGGAGCUCAGCGGCUGGCAGCCAAGAAGACACCCUUAUCAGAGGGCAGCAACAAUCUAUAACUUUUGGAAGUUGGCCACAUGUUGUUGAGAGAUGCAAAGAAGGUUUUUUCCGAACUUCGUCUGGAGAAUGCAGUCCUUGUAACUGCAACAACAACGCAGCCAAUUGUCUUGAUGGAUCUGGCGUAUGUUUGGAUUGUCAAAGAAACACAGCUGGAGACCAUUGUGAAAAAUGUCCCGAUGGCUAUCUAGGAGAUGUCACCAGGGGAGCACCCAGUUUUUGCCAGCCCUGCCCGUGCCCCUUGCCAUUGGUUGCCAAUUUUGCAGUCUCCUGUUACAGAAAAAAUGGACUGGUGCGCUGUAUGUGCAAAGAAAAUUAUGCAGGUCCAAAUUGUGAAAGGUGUGCUCCUGGUUACUAUGGGAACCCCUUGGUGAUUGGCAGUUACUGUAAAAAAUGUGAUUGCAAUGGCAAUUCAGAUCCUAACCUGAUCUUUGAGGAUUGCGAUGAAGUGACCGGCCAGUGUCGCAACUGCAUGCGCAACACCACAGGGUUCAAUUGUGAACUCUGUGCUCCUGGUUAUUAUGGAGAUGCCAGAAUAACAAACGGUUGUAAAGCAUGCAACUGUGGAGGAGGCCUGUGUGACCGCCGAACAGGGCAAUGCUUAGCUGAACCUCCUAUACCUCCUCCAGUCACUGACUGCCCGGUUAUCAGCUGUGACAAAUGCAUUUGGGAUUUGACUGAUGAUAUCAGCUUGACAGUUCAGACCAUUGAGGAAAGCAAAGCAACUCUGCUCAGCAUCUCCACUGGCGUUGCGGCCCAUAGACACUUGCACAACCUCAACUCCACCACGUUCAUCCUCAAGGCAAAAUUGUCAGAGAAAGAUAACCAUUCUGUACUGAUGAAGACCCAGGUGGAUAAUGCCACAAGUGAAAUGACUGGUCUUCUCAAAGACAUCAACACACUCGAUGAAAAGAGAUAUCAAGUAUCAAGUAAAGGCUUACUGGUACAGAAGGAAACCAUGGAGAUCACUGACCGAGCUUCUGUCCUUGUACGGGCACUUGGAAAUAUGAUAGAUCACAUCCAAGAAAUCAGCACUAAGGUUGAAUACUAUGGUGCUGAGCAUGACCUCAGGCCUGAAGAUAUUAUUCAGAAGCUCAUGGCAGCAGAAGAGAUGCUGAAGGACAUCAGACUUCGCAAGCCAUUCACUAUUCAGACCCAACUUGCAAGCGAUGAGUUAGAAGCAGCACAAGACUUGUUAAGACAAGCUGAAAAGUGGCAGAGGACACACAAUGAAACCAGAUCUCUGAUUCCCGACAUACUGGAUGAUCUUGGGCAAUACAACAUCAAGCUCACAGACCUGCAAGAGGCCCUGGAACAAGCUGUUGAUUAUCUCAAAAAAACAGACACUAUAAACCAGGAAAAUGUUGCCAAACUCCAAGUGCAUGAGAAAGAACAAGAACUACUGGAGAAACAGUUCAACAGUAUUAAUAAUACUCUGCUGAUGACUGAAGAUAUUUUAAAUGUACCACACCAAAUCAACUUAGAAUUGACUGAAGCAAUUAAGAAUGCAUCUGAGUUCUUUGCAGAAAUAGAUGGAGCUAAAAUACAGCUACAGGACAAAAUUGCCAACCUCUCGAGGUUUGAUGAUGAUUUAGUUCAAAGGGCCAUGGAGUACGCAGAGGAACUUCAAGUUCGUGCAAAUGAACUAAAACAGACCUUGCAUGGUGUUGAUACGAAUGGAUUGGUACAAAAAGCAUUAAAUGCUUCCAAUGUCCAUGAAAAUAUUAUUAAUUAUAUUCAAGAAGCUGAUAAAAUAUCUGUCAUCACCUUAAACACUACAGAGCGAGUCCACGAUGCCAUUGUUGGAAUUGACACUCAGAUCACUUACCAUAAAGAAGAAAGCAGAAAGCUUCUCAGACAAGCAAGGGAACAGCAAGAGACUGCAGACGCUAAUGAUUCAGCUGUUGCAGAUGCACGUCAACAGGCUAAUGGGACUCUUGCCAGGGCAAAUAAUUUGAAAGACCGUUUGAUGAAAGUAAUUUCAAAAACAGAGAUCCCAGAGCAGGAUAAUGCAACACAGCGUCUAGAGCAACUGAAAGUUAUUACAAAGCAGGCUAUGAACACUGCUACAGAAAUAAACCACACUACUGCACCAAUGGCUGACAAUCUGACCAAAUGGUCCCAAGACCUCAGGAACUUUAAACCUGAAAGAGCAGCUUAUGAACUUGCCACUGUCACAACAAGGGAUACAGUCAAUCGUCUCACAGAGGUCAUCCCACAGCUGCUGGAUAAGCUGCGUAUAGUAGAACAGAAGCAGCCGGCAAACAAUGUCUCAGCCAGCAUCCAGAGGGUCAGAGAACUCAUAGCACAGACGAGGAGUGUAGCAAACAAGGUUCAAGUGUCAAUGUCAUUUAAUGGUCAAUCAGCUGUUGAAGUCAAUCCCCAAACAAAUAUGGAAGACUUAAAAGCUUUCACAUCUUUGACUUUGUAUAUGAUGCUUCACAAGGGCAAUACACAGCGGACAGCACCUCAGGAUCAGUUUAUUCUUUAUCUAGGAAGCAAAAACACAAAGAAUUAUCUGGGUCUUGCAAUUAAGAGUGACAACCUGGUUUACAUUUAUAAUCUGGGCGGUGGCGAUGUGGAGAUACCAUUGGAUUCCAAGCCAAUCAGCUCCUGGCCUGCUUACUUCAGCCUUGUUAAAAUAGAGAGGAUUGGGAAGCAUGGCAAAGUUUUCCUAACUGUUCCAAGUCUCAGUAGCACAGCUGAAGAAAAGUUCAUCAAAAAAGGAGAAGUUCCUGGUGAUGACUCUUUAUUGGACCUGGAACCUAAAAACACAGUCUUCUAUGUUGGCGGAGUGCCUCCAGAUUUCAAGCUUCCUCCCAGCUUGGACCUCCCUGGCUUUGUUGGCUGCUUGGAACUUGCUACAUUGAAUGACGAUGUCAUCAGUUUGUAUAAUUUCAAAAAUAUCUACAACAUGACCAAAUCAGUACCCUGUGCCAGGGAUAAGCUGGCCUUUACACAGAGCCGGGCUGUAAACUAUUUCUUUGAUGGUUCUGGCUAUGCUUUAGUGAGGCAUAUUGAGAGAAGAGGGAAGUUUGGUAUGGUGACGCGUUUUGAUAUAGAAGUUCGAACACCAACAGAUGAUGGACUUCUCCUUUUGAUGGUUAACGGAAGUAUGUUCUUCAGCUUAGAGAUGCAGAAUGGAUACCUGUAUCUACAGUAUGAUUUUGGCUUCAGCAAUGGCCCUGUGAUUCUAGAAGAUUCUAUGAAGAAGGCUCUAGUUAAUGAUGCAAAAUUCCAUGAGAUAUCAGUUAUAUACCACAAUUCCAGGAAAAUGAUCUUGGUGGUGGAUAGGAGACACGUAAAAAGCGUGGAAAAUGAAAAGAAAAGCAUGCCAUUUACCGAUAUCUAUAUAGGAGGGGCUCCUGCUGAGAUUUUAAAAUCUAGUGGUGUUGCCUCACAUCUGGUUGUCAGCACAGGCUUCAGGGGCUGCAUGAAGGGAUUUCAGUUUCAAAAGAAAGACUUCAACUUAUUAGAGGAGCCUGGAACUCUAGGAAUUGGCUAUGGCUGCCCAGAAGAAUCCCUUAUGUCCCGCAAAGCAUAUUUCAAUGGAGAAAGCUACAUUGCAUCCAGUCAGAAAAUCUCUGUCUUUCAUGGGUUUGAAGGAGGUUUUAAUUUCCGAACUUUACAGCCAAAUGGACUGCUAUUCUAUUGUACUGAAGAAUCAGAUGUGGUCUCCAUUUCCAUGGAUAAGGGAGCUGUUGUUCUGAAUGUCAAAGGUCUCAAAGUUCAGGCAGCAGACAAAACUUACAAUGAUGGGAAAGCCCAUUUUGUCAUGACUUCUGUCUCACCGGAAAGGCUUGAGCUUAUGGUAGAUGAAAAAAAGUACAGCAGAAAUAAUUCAGCAAAAGAUAAAACUGAGGAAAAACCUGUGAGCAUGAAGAAAUUCUACUUUGGUGGCUCUCCCCUCAGUACUGAAUUUGCAAACUUCACUGGCUGUAUAAGCAAUGCCUAUUUCACAAGACUGGAUCAAGAUGUUGAAGUAGAAGACUUCCAGCGCUACCCUGAGAAAGUCCAAGCAUCCCUUUAUGGAUGCCCUGUUGAGUCUCCUCCAGCUGCCCUCUUCCAUAAGAAAAGAAAAAACUCCUCCAGAUCCAAAGGGAGCCCGAGUAAAAGGGUUGGAAAAGACAAUGAAGGGUCUUCAAAGUUUCCAUCAAACAAUAAAGCAACAGAUGAAGAACUAAUCGCUCAAGGAGACCCACGUUGCCACUUAGCCAACAACCCCAAAGCAAUUGAACAUACAUACCUGUAUGGAGGAACAGCAAAUAGCCGGCAAGAAUAUGACUACAUACCAAAGGAUUUCAACGAAAGAUCGCAGUUCUCCAUUACUCUGAAGACUCAUUCAUCCCAUGGAAUGAUCUUCUAUAUCUCUGAUCCAAAGGAGGAACAUUUCAUGGCUCUCUUUAUUGCCCAUGCACGGCUAAUUUUUAUGUUUAAUAAUGGCCACCAGAAACUAAGAAUUAGAACCCAAGAGAAGUACAAUGAUGGCCAGUGGCAUAAUGUAAUGUUUGUUCGUGAGAAAAAUAUUGGCCGUCUGAUAAUUGAUGGUCUUCGAGUGCUAGAAGACAGUCUUCCUUCUAUUGAUAAUGCAUGGCAGGUUACUACCCCUUUUUAUGUUGGGGGCGUGGCACCAGGAAAAGCAGCUAAAAAUAUCCAGAUCAAUUCCGUCUACAGUUUCAAUGGUUGCCUUGGCAGUUUGCAGCUCAAUGGAAGACCAGUCACUUCUCCAUCACAGACGUUUAGUGUAACUCCUUGUUUUGAAGGACCAUCAGAAGAAGGAACAUAUUUUUCAUCAGAAGGAGGAUAUAUUGUUCUUGAUGAAUCCUUCAGUUUGGGUUUGAGAUUUGAAGUUGUUUUUGAAAUCCGUCCUCGGAGUAGUUCAGGAAUCCUAAUGCAUGCACACAGUGUAAAUGGAGAAUUCCUGAAUAUACACAUGAAACAAGGACAGAUCAUUGUGAAGCUGAACAAUGGAAUCAAAGAUUUUUCAACUUCAGUUACACCAAAACAGAAUCUCUGUGACGGAAGAUGGCACAGAAUUGCAGUUAUUAGAGAUGCUAAUGUGGUACAGCUCGAUGUGGAUUCUGAAGUGAAUCAUGUGGUGGGGCCAUUAAAUCCCAGAGCCAUCGAUCACAGGGAGCCUGUGUUUGUUGGAGGAGUGCCAGAAUCUCUUCUGACAUUCAGCCUAACCACACGCAACUCCUUUACUGGAUGCAUUCGGAAUUUUAUGAUUGAUGAAAGGCCAGUUAGUUUCAGUAAGGCAGCUUUGGUCAGUGGUGCUGUAAGCAUCAAUACAUGUCCGGCUGCCUGAAAGACUGAAGAAACGACAAGUGGCACUGAAAGAGAAAAACAAGCAACAGAAGUUGUGCUGUGUUAAUUUUCAGCACCAAAGAUGAAAAUGCAUUGUUCGCUAUAUGUACAUGAAAAGACAUUAUGCUUAUAAUUUCUGAUGGGACUCUUUUUAUUAUCAAAGAAAGAAUAUUUUAAAAUUUUUGCAGCACACUAAAUUCCUGAAAUAUAUAGCAACUGUAUCUGAUGCAAAAGCCAUGGCAAAGAAGAUUAUAGGCCCAAAUCUAUGCAGAGAUAGAUGAACCCGAGCCUGUUGCAAUAACACUAAUUCUACAUAGAGCUUGGAAAGGUUCAUUUUGGAUUUUUCCAGACAAUAUAAUAGCCAUGAUGACUGGGGGAUUUGGGGAACUGUAGUCCAAAAGAGUAACUUUUUCAAACCAUGCAUGACAGCUGGGUUUACAAUUCACCAAGCAUGAGCUGACAUCUGCAUCUGAUGGAAUACACCUGGACAAAGCAUACUGUAGCCUGCCAGCGAAAAGCCCCAACACCAUCCCUUUCGCUGAUUGUGACUAAUUACUAUCAGCAGUGGAGGCUGCAACACUUUUCUUAGUUUGACCCAGAAGCUCACUACAGCAAAAAAGGGUUUCUGCUUUUCCCCACGAUAAUUCAUUUCAUCACUUUUAUGCCAACUGAGCCUGGAUGGUUGGUGUUACAUAUAACUGAGAUCACUAAAUGUCUUCUUUUUAAAUAAAAGAUACCAUAGUGUUUGACUCCUGUUCCCUAAGCCAGCCUCUGCUUACAGUCUUUUGCAGGCCCAGAAAACACCUGCAGAAUAUCCCAGAAUUCCUAUGCAGUCCCCAAUCUCUGUCUGAUAGACGUUAUUAAGAACAUAAAGAGAGCCAUGCUAGAUCAGACCAGAGGCUGGUCUCUUCCAACAUUCUGUUCAUUCAGUAGCCAACUGCUUUGUCCAUGGAAGCCAGCAGGAGAUAUGAGUGUUACUGCACCCUUAAUCUAGCACCUCCCACAACUGAUACACUGAGCGAUACUGAUUGGAUACUGGGGUGAUCGCCAUUCUGUUAGCUAUUCAGAGACCUAGGCUCCAUGAAUUCAUUUAAUUCCCCUUCUGAAAUCAUCCAGCUUAGCAGUUGUUGCUACAUUUUGUGGCAGUAAAUUCCACUGUUUAAAUGUGUUCCGGGUGAACCCACGCUUAUUGGAGGAUACAAAUAGCUUGCCCACUCUUAAAAAGCUGGCUUGGGAUAUGGAAAGCAUGCAUGGGGCUCCUGUUCAUCAUGUCCAGCUCUGCUACUUUUCUUCACAUUCGUAAACAGAAAGGAAAGAUAUGUUUCUACUGAACACUACUGAGAUACUGUAUUUGUGCUAUGGUUUGUAUUAAAGAUUUUUUUUUACAACUAUCUUACAGAAUAAACUGUGUAACAGAAAUGAUUCACAAA